AUGGUCUGCCUUCUCGCAAUUCUUUUAUACACGGGCCAGAAAUUAGCGCAAAAGGAUCGUUUGGUCAUCACAUCCACUGAGCUUAGGAGCCCUAAUUACUUCAUCUAUGAAGCUAAUCAUGAGCAACCAUUUCCGGUGCCUGGCCGAGGCUCUGGUAUCUACAGAACUUUGGUCACUGUUGACGAGCCCGGCACUUAUGUAACGGUUUAUUGCUCCAUUAAAGCGACAAUCGAUGAUUUACGGGGAUUUGUUAGUGGCGGCUUGACAAGCUUGCCGAGCCACGUUGACGGGAGAUUUGGCAACGACGAGAAGUCGGAAGAUGAAUGCUUCAACUAUGUGAAUAAUCUCUUUUUUGAAUCAAACAGAGAAGCUGUAACGGGUAGAUUUGAAGAGGCUGAAGUUGCAGAGGCAGGUCUAUUGCCUGUUUCGAAUCUCAUCAAGUCACAUCAAUGCACCAAAAGACUCUUAAUCAGUUUGGCCUAUCAACGAAGAGUUUUGUGUGCUCAUGGGCACGGAUUCGUGACGACGUAUAGCGAUGAAAAUCUACCAACCAUAAAAUUUGAUGAGCCAGUAGCAAUAGCGGACGCAAUUUUUGACGGUCAGUUUGUUAUGCAACUGGAUGGAAAAAACUCCCAAGACGUCUUGGCAUGGAAUCAAGGCCAACUGCGAAGUUUUACGCGACGUCAUUCCUCUAGCGACUGGACGGAGCGUACUUACAUUGGUAAUGAGCAAUAUUCAGGAAGGCAUAUAACCGUCCUUAUUAAAUCUAACAGCGCGCAAGUAAGCAAAUUUAUGAAUCAAUUCACUAAAUUCGAAAAUACAAAAUUCGGUGGAUCUAAUUGUUUUGGGUUCCGGUCCAAAGUUUUCCGCAAGCCUACAUUGUGCCGCAAGUUCAAACUUAGACAUCUACGAGUAAGAGUGAAUAGACUUGAUCCGAUUCCAGCAAAGGGUAAAAUUGCUCGUAUCCGCAUAACAAACCCCAAUGACGAGAAUCAAGCAAGAUUAACGAGAUCAAUUUCAUGA